CAUAGGUACAUAAUUUAUGUUUAUUUUUGAAAAUAGUUAAGUUUUUAACAGAUUUUUUUAAAAUGAAAGUAGAUUGAAAAAGUGUUGAAGUCAAAAAAAUGUCCAAAAGAUUUAUAUAUCCCCAACAACAUGGAGAAAGAAAAAAAGCUAAACUUGAUAUUACCGUAUCCGAUCAUAAUUUUCCACUGAGUCAAAUUGCUGGGCCUAGUAAAGACAAUGAACCAACAAACACUUGGGGAGAUGACAAUGAUGACGAAAUACUUUUAUUGGCGAGCCAAGCUUGCGAAGAAGCUUUUACAGAACCUAAUAAUACUACAUUACCUGAUUAUAGCAUGUGUAUGCAACCUUCAACAACAAGUACUCAAAUUAGCAAGCCCAUUCCAAGUACAUCUAAGUCUACCUUUUCUUUUAAAAAACCUUUCAGUCCAAUGAAUGCAGUAUCAACAAAAAUGAGAGAUGGCUUAAAAACAAUAUCUUCACCACUACCUGGCAUGUUUAAAGACUGCAAAAGAGAUAGUGUUAAUAUUAGCGAGGAUAUCAUAAUUAAUGACCAUAUUUAUAAAGGCCAAAACUCCGACCAAGUUUACCGUCAGCUUCUGCAAAUACAAGAAGAAAAUGCAAAAUUGAAGUCAGAAAAUGGUAAAUUGUUAGAAAAAUGUUUCACAAAAGAAGGUGAGGCAUCAAUACUACGAACUCAGCUGAAGACAUGCCAAAUAGCAGUAGAUAAUGCAAGGUUAGAGAAAAUAAAGGCUCAGGAAAAAGCUCAAAUCGAAUGGUCAGAGAAGUUGACAACUGUAAAUAACGAAAUGCAUGAGUUACGUAAUCAAUUAGAUUUUAAGAACUUGGAAAUAAUUAGUAUCAAAGAGAAAUGCAAGAUGCUGGAAUCAAACAAAGUAAAGCUAACCCAGAUAACUGUAGCUGGUAAUGACAUAUCUUCAAGUCAAAGACAUAACAAUAGUAUGUAUGGAAAAAAAGAAGCUGCAAAUUUUACAAGGAAAGUUAAAACAACAUCAAACAGUGUUCAGACUGAAGAUAAAUCUUAUUUUUUGAAACUCAAUGUAAUAUUAAGAAAUGAACAUUCAAAAUUAUCGCAAAUUUUACCUUUCAUCUUGGAACCGACAAAAAAACAAUAUUCCAUUCUGGACUUCAAUGAAAAGCUUCAGCAGCGGACAGAUGUACAAAACAAAUGUAGAAUAUUUAGCACAUUCCACAGAUUGCCGACUACACCAUGUAUUGGGAAAGAGAUUGGGAAAAGUGAAGACACAUUGAGUUGUAUAUAUGAAGAACUCAGUCGUUUAGCUGCAAAUAAAUAUGGCAACAUUGAAAUAUGCUUAAAUAUCCUUAACAUAACUCAAAGUUUUAUUAAGAAUGUUCAGCAAGAACUCGAGAUGAUUUCCCGGAGAAUGACUACAGCCUUCCAAAAGGAAAUGGAUGAGAGAUAUAUUGAUGCUACAUUUAAGUUGUUCGUCAUUGAGAAGAAUGAUUUAUUGAGUGGAAGGGCUUUAUAUAAAGAGGAACAAGGUAUAUUAGCACGAAGAAUGGUAUGUGUUUUAUAUUACCUUCUUGAAGAUACUAGAAAUAAAGAAUUACUGAAUAAGUUAUUGGAUCAAGAUAAGAAAAAUGAUUCAAAUGAGCAGACAUAUUCAUUUAUUAUUGAUAUUGCUAGGAUAUGUUCCUUAUUAGACAAUACAACAUGCGCCUUAAUGUACAGUGGUUUGUUACUAUCAAUAACAUUGUUUUUGCAAGCCUACGCAACCAACCAUGAAAGAAAUAAGCAAAUAUUACAUAUAUGCAAGUCUAUUAUAGUUUCUCGUCCAAUGCCAUUUGUUACCAUUGAGAUAUUGAAAUUACUUGGGAAAUUAGCAUAUGAAGAGAAUUUUUUGUUACAAAUAUGUUGUAAAGGUUCAAAUGGAAAUUUAAAAUUGGAUUAUGAUCAAGGUGUCUUAUUGUAUAAGAAAGAUUCGUGUGCGUUACAAAUUGUUCUUAAACAGACAGAAGUAUCUUUAAAAUGUAUAGAGAAGCAUCAUAUAGUGGUACAAACAUUGGAGAUUACGAGAAGUCUACUUAGGUUAUAUUGUAUCCUGAAUAGUCAAUCUGACAGUCAGUUAGAACAACACAGAUGUGACUGUCAGACUGUCUUUAUACAAGUUAUUGUUUUCGCACUUAGGAUAUGUGCCGAGUUUUUAAAUGUUGACAAGGACACAAAAUUAGAUAGUUCACAACAUGAGAAAGAGACCGAUAUAAUGUCAGUGUGUCGAAACGGAGUGCAGCUACUUCAGCGCUGCGGGGCGCUGUCAGCUGCUGAAGGACCACUGCAGGCACUGUGUCUUCGACUUACCUCCGCUCUCAACACCACCACCUGCCAGCGCGACCGUGACUUCUGUAACAUGUUAUUAGAGAUAACAAGCACAUUCCAAACGUACUCGGAGGAGUUACCGCCCAGCUACCAGACAAAGGCCUGGCUCAAGAGUUUCGAGACAUUUUCAAUUGCAGACUGAUUGUGUAAAUUUGUUUUACAAUUGUAAAUAAUAUAAACUAUUU